AUGAAUGGAGCCGUGAGAGUAGAAAGACAUAUGCUGAUGAAGUUGACUAGGUGCUCCAAGAUUUUCUCAAGAAGUCUUUCGAGAAAUAAUGACUUUAAAACUACUAAUAUGUUCUUACCAAAUGAACAAAGAUAUCAAUUUGAUGGUGAAAAACUUACAUCAGAAGAAAAUGCUGCAGCUAUUCCAAAGAAACCCGAUUUUUCUAACAUAGCAAAGUAUCAUAAAGAGGUAAUGGGUCCAGAAUCAGUAGCGGAUUUAUAUUUCAGUCCUCGCUUCAAUGAUAUCUUCAUUACUUCUCUAGCAAAAGAUUCCCCAGCUUUUGGUAAAAGAUGUAAAAUGGUACCUAAAGAUGCUUCAAAAGAGCCUUGUUCUGUAUAUUUGCAGUUUACUACCAUGACGAACCUGUGGAUGAAAGCAUUUUCUGAAGAAAUCUUUGAGUUAUCUGACUUGCCGCAACGGGAUGAAUCGUUUCAAUUUAUGAACGUGAAUGUAGCCAGCAUACUUGAAGACGAAUUAAAGGAUAUGAGCAAAAUAGUGGAAGAGAGGGAUUUAGAAGAGGUAUAUCGAAAGUUUAAUACUUUGGAAAGUAACAAAAGGAAGGUACUUGGAGAAAUUGUACUGUCUGAAUUGGAGCCAGUGGUUACUUUUGAAAACAUUUCUUCGUACUUAAUCAGUCAUAGAGAAGACUUCAGUUCUCCAGAACAGCUAGAUGUUUUUUUGACAUUCCUUAAAAGAAAUGUCGACUAUUAUUCUCUCGAAGGUUUAAAAGAUUUUGUCAGCGUGGCCAUAAAUAGUUUGCAAGGCUCGAAGUUGGAUCUUUCGUCUUUCGACGAAUUCUUGAAGGUGGCCGUCAUUACAUUCCCUACAUUAUUUAAAGAGCUCGAUCCCACAAGUUUAGAUAAGGUUGCUAGGUUGUUAGCACCUACAAAUGUCUCCUUGGCAAAGGAUAUUUUAUCAAUACUCAUAAAUACCCAUAGGGUAUGUCCUUCAACUGACACUAUAGAUACAUUUUUAUUGUCUUACGAAGGAGAAAAUGGAGGUUCGAUACUGAAGGACAUCAUUUUAAGGGAUUUAAGUAACCUUAAACUGGCACUUUUCCAUGGUCCUUUGAGUGACACAGCAUUCAGAAUUCUAUUGAAUUACUCAGUUGAAAAUGAUAUGGAUUUGGACCAAUUGAUUCGAUUAGCCGAACGGAACCUGGCGAAUAAGCAAUUGUUGGAGAAAUUCUCACGUAACAUAUUAGAGAAAUUGACCUCUAUUCAGAAUACUUCCGAUGAUUCAGACAUGAGAAAAAGGAUACAAUCAGCCCAGCUUCUUCGAAAAUUGGUUGUAGAAAAUAAGGUUCUGGUGGAAAUUGACCUUUGA